UCUCCGCCCAGAGGUGGUGGAGCCGUUAGACGUCACUUCCGUCCAGGCCGGAAACCAAGAUGGCUGCGCUGUUGUUGAGACGUGGUGGCCGCCAUUGCCUCCGAGCCCACCUUAGUCCUCAGCUCUGUAUCAGAAAUGCUGUUCCUUUGGGAACUACAGCGAAAGAAGAGAUGGAGAGGUUCUGGAGUAAGAAUACUGGUUCCAACCGCCCUUUGUCUCCCCAUAUCACUAUCUACAGGUGGUCUCUUCCCAUGGCGAUGUCCAUUUGCCACCGUGGUACUGGUAUGGCCUUGAGUGCAGGGGUCUCGCUCUUUGGCCUGUCGGCCCUGUUGGUCCCUGGGAGCUUUGAGUCUCAUUUGGAACUUGUGCGAUCCCUGUGUCUGGGGCCAGCACUCAUCCACACGGCCAAGUUUGCCCUCGCCUUCCCUCUCAUGUAUCACACCUGGAAUGGGAUCCGGCACUUGGUGUGGGACCUAGGAAAAGGGCUGCAGCUCCCUCAGGUCCACCAGUCUGGCGUGGCUGUCCUGGUUCUCACUGUGCUGUCCUCUUUGGGGCUGGCAGCCAUGUGAAGAGCUACGCUUCCAGGGUUGUCAUCCUCCUGCAGAUGAUUAAAUUGACCUAUCUUCCUGUUGUCACUCUUACCUGCAGCCAGGGCACAGUUCUCCUGAUUCGUUAGACCCUGCUGUGCUGUGCUCUCCUUGGAGCCCCGCAGCGGUAGAUUGCCUACUAGAACCAUAGAAGUGGAAAAGGGCCCAGUUUCCCCCUUGUUUCUAAAGAUGGUAUGACGGCAAAAACUCCCUUUUCCUGCCCCCAGCUUGCAGCCUACUCUGGGCCACGCAGCCCUCAUUCUCAAUCCCUAUUGGGCCUUGAUUUGUGCUGAGGGUCAGCUUUUGGCUCCUUCUUCAGACAGUGGAAACAAUGCCAGCUCUGUGGCCUGUGCCAUGGGGACUGGGAUGGCGCUUUGGGUGCCACCGCCUGUGGGUUGCUGGCUUAAAGGACAGUUCUGUUCAUUGGUCAGGGCCCAGGGUCUUUAGCACCCACACAGUGUGACUGAACAGAGCGGGGUGGGUUGGAGGGGGAUGAGCUUCCUGCAGAUAGGAGGGGAUGAAGAGGGUGAGCUGGCUCCUCAAGCAGGUGCUUUGGGAAGAAAGUACAUAGCUUUUGAUUCGAGAAAAAUUCAGAAAAUUACUGUUGAACCUAUUAAAAAUUAUUAUUUUCCUUGCAUUUCUAGAAAAACAAGCCUCUUAAUAUCAUGUUUUCUAACCCAAAUGCCUAUGACAUCUUUUCAGAAACAAUUAAAAUACUCAUUUUGUCUUUGA